UGUGAAACCUGGCAGGCUUGUGCGACAUGCGCCAGCAGCAUCGGUGUCACCCUGCAUGAUCUGUCUCGCCCAGCAUUGACCGCCAUCCUCGACACUUCUUGCGCUGAAGGUGAUAAAGAACCAUACAACUACCGUUGCGUUUUUCUGAAGACAUACCGAAUGGCCUCGCUUCAGACCAGGCUUGCCAUUUGGCUCUGGGGGCCCGACCCUAAGGAUCGAGCACUGCUGGCUAAGCUCGACGUGACGCUGCUCCCUUACUUUUCUCUUAUUUGGUUCCUCUUCGGCAUCACUCGUGCCAGCUACUCCUCUGCCUAUAUUAGCGGCAUGAAGGAGGCGCUUGGAUUCGAGGGGAAAGAGUACAACUACAUGAACACCGCGUACCUGGUGGUCUAUGCGGUGUUUCAGAUGCCGGGAACCAGUUUGCUCACAGUUGUGCGGCCCAAAUAUGUCUUUGUCGCUGCCAAUGUUACCUGGAGUAUCUUGACCUUGAUCACAUACAAGAUGACCCGCGCCUGGCAGGUGAUUCUACUGAAUGCGAUCGAAGGAGGGUUUUCAGCUGUUGCAUAUGUCGGUGCACAGUUUAUCCUCGGCUCGUGGUACAAAAAGUCCGAGCUCGGCAUUCGUGCGGCAGUAUUUUGCGUUCUCGGCCAGCUGGGAACCAUGUCCGGCAGCUGGAUCCAAGCAGGACUGCUGGCCACAUUGGCUGGAAAGGGUGGCCUUCCAGCAUGGAAAUGGAUCUUUAUCAUUGUUUCCGUGAUGACAGUUCCAGUCGCACUCUUCGGAUGGAUCUUCAUUCCGGACCUCCCAUCACACCGCGCAGCCUGGUACCUGACCGAGGAGCAAAAGGAACACGCGGCAACACGAUUGGGCAGCCUGUCGAAGAAAUCCUGGGAUAGGACAGUGUUCAAGCGCGUGUUACUGAGCUGGCAGUUCUGGCUUUUGCCAUUUAUCUUCAUGCUAUAUUCCCUCAGCGUACAGAUGCUGCAAAACAACGUCAUGGCCUACUGGCUAGCUUCGCGGGGAUACACCACAAUCCAACAAAACAACUACCCGACUGGCAUCUACGCCACCGCCAUCCUCGGCACCGUCCUGUAUGCAGCCAUCUCUGACAAGCUACAAUCACGCUGGGAGGUAUCCAUCGCCAUUGGCCUCACAUUCGUCAUCGGCUCCGCCAUCCUCGUAUCCAGCCCAUCCACCGACGCAGGCUACUUCUUUGCCUUUUAUCUCCUAGGCACCAGUUUCGCCCCCCAGGCCGUCUGGUACUCAUGGAUGGCGGAUGUCACAGCCCAUGACUUCCAACUCCGCGCCAUCACCACAGGGUUCAUGAACUCGUUCGACUUUGCCUUUGUGACUUGGUGGCCACUGAUCUUCUAUCCCGCCACGGAUGCCCCUAAUUUCCAAAAGGGGUACAUUGCCAGUCUAGUUACAGGGGCGUUGACACUCCCGUUUAUCGGGGUUAUCGCCUACCUCGAGAAAAGGGACACGGCGCGGGGAAUUAUCGGGAGAUCACCGACGACUGGUCUCCUCACUGAAGAGCAAGAUCCCGCACGAGAGGACGAACUGGGGAAGCCGGGGGAUAUGCCGGUAAAUGUGCACGCAACAGAGGUGGGAGUGUAGGAGCGGACCCAUGACCGCCCCUAAGUCUACUUCUUCUCGCAAUCCCAGACGUCAUCAGACACAUAUAUACUCCGUAGCCAAGCUCCGAUUCCACAGCCAUGAAU